AGCACUGGUCAUUUUUCCUCGUGAGGCGUAGAACUGCAUAAGCCGUCGAAAUGAGCAGCGAUUCAUCGUCCAACAAAACUUGGAAUUGGGGGGUCUAUGGAACGGGUCGCAUUACUCACGACUUCUUGGGCGCUAUUCAGUCGGUCACCAAUGCGCGCGUCCUGGCCAUCUGUGGAACGGACUUCGAACACACCAAAAAGUUCGCGAGCGAGCAUGGAGUCGCGCGCGUCUACGGCAAGCUUGCCGAGCUUUUGGACGAUUCAGAAAUUGACUUUCUGUACAUUUCUACUAUACACAGUAGACACAAGCGUGUUCUCUUGGACUCUAUCCCCUCCAAGAAGCACAUCUUAUGCGAGAAGCCGUUGACUUGCAACGCGUCGGAGACGCGCGAGGUGGUCGAAGCGGCCAGGAAGCACGGGUGCUUUUUGAUGGAGGCAUUGUGGUCGAGAUACUUUCCCAUCGUGUUGCAGGUUCGAGGACUGCUCCUCGACUCGGUUAUCGGCGACGUGCAAGUGGUUUCUGCAAACAUGUCCGUCGAAUCGGAGUUGCUUCAUCCCAUGGCCAAUAAGAAGGGCCCGGACCACAGCGCGCUUCUGGAUCUAGGGAUAUAUCCCAUUAGCUUUGCCGCCAUGGUGUUCGGGUACGAGCAAAAGCCCAGUCUCGUCAAGGCGUUUGGUUUUCUAUCCGAAGACGAUUCGUACGACGUGUCCACGUUCGUUCACCUUGAAUAUCCCAAUGGGGGCCAGGCGUUUUUGAGCUAUUCCAGCACCUACCCGGUGUCCAGCGACCUGUUGGUUAUUCAAGGGAGCAAGGGCACCAUUACGAUUCCCGGUGCGUUUUGGUGUCCGACUUCUUACUCUGUCUGUUUGAAAGAUGGGACCAGGUACAAACGAGGCGCGGAAACGGAUCGCGACAUGGAAUUGCCCAAUGUGAAGGGCCAUACCUUCAACUACACGAAUUCGCAAGGCUUGGCCUACGAAAUUGCCUACGCUCAGCACCUGGUGGAGACUGGCAGGCUGGAGAGCGAUCAAGAGCCCCUCGACGAGACCAUCGCGAUUUCUGAAAUCAUGACGGAAGUUUCUCGACAGCUGGGCCUGAAUUUCACAUCCGAGGACCGCUCUACUUAGGCUGUCCGUGAGGGGGCGCUGCAUUUUUCUGGCGUGUAUGUGUGACAUGCACACGCAACAUCGGCUCAGAAGUGUGUGAGGGGUUUAUUUAGAAGUUGAGGGGUCGCGAAGGCGAAAAA